AUCUCAGGUCAUCUGCAGCUGCAGCAAAGCAGAAGCAGGAAAGAUGGCGAUCAUCCACUACUAGACCGGGUACACGCAUGAAAUACUGGACAGGACAACUUUUGGGAAGAUCGCUUCUUCUGGAGAAGACGUAGCCUACCUGUCUCCCUGAUUCUCCAGGGACUGGAGUCCGCUCAGCGAUGGAGGAGCUGCAGUGUGAUGGCUGUGAUUUCCGGGCCGAGUCCCACGACGACCUGAAGACCCACAUCCAGGAAGUACACACAGCCUUCCUGCAGCCUACUGAUGUGGGGGAUAAUGGGAGUCCAGAACAGUCCAGGUCAGACUCCCUGAACUCCCCCAACCAGAAGGAGGACGAGGAUGAGGAAGAGGAGGAGGAUGUAGAGGAGGUUGAGGAAGAGGAUACUUUGGCUUUGGACAAAGAAUAUGAACUUCAAAAAACAGAGAAGGAAUCGGGACACCAAAAACCCAUACCAACAGCUAAUUCCUUGAUUCCAUUUUUCCAGUGCAAAUUCUGUGUCCGUUACUUCAGAUCAAAAUCCUUCCUGACAGCCCACACCAGAAAGGUGCACAGCGUUGUUGAGGGCAACAGGGACUCCCAAGCCCCAGAGCCGCCAUGUUUUAGCAUCAUAACACACAACGACCUUUCCAUGGUCUACUCCUGCCAGUAUUGCACAUACAAAUCUCCUCGCAAAGCCAGGAUCCUGAAACACCAAAGGAUGCAUCAUAAGGAGGAGCACCCGGAGUCUCCCGAAGACCUGGACGAAUCCUGCUCGGUCACAAUGAAGUCUAAGACAACCUUUUGCUGUGAGUGGUGUGACUACCAGGCUCUGAGCAGGGAACGCUGGACAGACCACGUCAUGGACAAACACAGUGACAUGGUGAAGAUUGUCUCCACCAUUCAGCAAUCAGAGGGGGAGGGAAGUGCAGGGUCCUCUAAGUCGGAUUCGCCCUCCUCUCCCAGAAGCCCGCCCUGCUCCGACAUGGCCACCAAUGGCGUAAGUGGAAAUGACAGCUCCUCAGCUGUCACCCCUCUCAAGAUGGUGGCCGGCAUUUCUGCGUUUCAGUAUUCGCAGAUCCAGGCAGUGGUCCCCAAUAGCACAGGGUCCUCCAUCCUCUCUGAAAGGUCCACCUUCGCCGUGUCAGACAUCUCCAGCUCGGCCAUAGACUUGGACUCCAGCAUGCUCAACGAGGAUGACUCUGGAGGGAGCAGCUCUGGGGAUGACCUGGAAGACAUGGAUGACCUCAGUGACCCCUCUGCAGGGGAUUCAGUUAAGCAGCUUCUGUCUGAAGAGGAUAACAAGAUGCUGGAGACAAAAGGGAUCCCAUUCAGACGCUACAUGAACAGGUUCCAGUGCCCCUUCUGCUCCUUCCUCACCAUGCAUCGAAGAAGCAUCUCCCGCCACAUUGAGAACAUACACCUGUCUGGGAAGACCACCGUGUAUAAGUGUGACGAGUGCCCCUUCAUCUGCACCAGCCCCCUGAAGCUAGGUACCCACAAGCAGAGUCAUUGCUCCUCUGACUGGGACACCAUGGACCUGACCAGCGAAAGCCCCGACCCACAAAACGACACCUCGGACCCUGUGAAUGGGGGGAGCAUAGCUACUAAGAUCAAUGGGAAAAGGUCUAGUGUGGUCCAUGAUGCCAACCAGCAGAACCCUCACCAAUGCACCCUCUGUAGCUUCUCCACCACCACUCUGAAAGGGCUACGGGUCCAUCAGCAACACAAACACUCCUACUGUGACGACGUGGACGUCCAGCCCACCAGCCUGGACCCUUCCCCCGACGAGCCGGCAGACCCAGACGUGGACCCGCCACCAAGCUUUGUACAGAAAACGCAAACCUCAAUCCUGGGAUUAUCCUCUAAGAAGACGCUCACAGGGAAAACGGCAAGGAAGUCCAUCAACGAUCUACCGCUGGAUCUGUCUCCGGUCAAGAAGAGGACCAGAAUAGACGAGAUAGCCAACAACCUCCAGAGUAAAAUCAGCCAGAGCCAACAGGACAUGGUCAUCAACCUGGAGGACAUGGAGGAGGAUGAUGGGGCAGCAGAGAAUCAUGCUGACGGAGAUAAAGAAGACAAUGACCAUGAAGGCAAACACCACAUAUACAACUCCCAAACCGUGUACGAGCCAACUGCCACCCGAGUGACGGGCAGAGUAGGGAAAAGGAAAAGUCACCCCAAGUCUAAACUGAGCACCAGAAGCCUCCCCGUUGCGCUUACUAUGUCCGAUGAGGAGGACAACAACCCUAAAGACAUCCAGGACCACAGCAGCCAGGACAGCCGAGACACUUUUCAAGAGACCCUGGAGUUCACCGAGGAGACGGGGACGACACGCUUUUACUGCAAACACUGUGACUACCACAACAAGUCAGCUCGCAGUGUCAGCACACACUACCAGAGGAUGCACCCCUACAUCAAGUUUAGCUUCAGAUACAUCCUCGACCCUGAGGAUCAGAGUGCUGUCUUCCGAUGCCUGGAGUGCUACAUAGAAUACAACAACUACAACGACCUCCACCAGCACUACAUGGAUCACCACCCCGAGGCCAGCAAUGUGCUGAACUUCAACCAGCCAGACCUGAUCUACAUGUGUCGCUUCUGCUCAUACACCAGUCCCAACGUCAGGAGCCUGAUGCCCCACUACCAAAGAAUGCAUCCCACGGUGAAGAUCAACAACGCCAUGAUCUUCUCCAGCUACAUGGUCGAGCAGCCGCACAAGAGUGCUGAGUCGCAAACUCUGAGGGAAAUCCUGAACUCUGGACCCAAGAGCCUCUCCUCGCCUUCCUCCACUCCCCGCUCUUCGACCAGCCCCGCUCUGAAGAACGCCUCCAAGACACCGGAGUCGAGCUCAGAGGCCGAGCUCCUCAAGGAGGCGAUGGGCGGUAACGUGGUAGUCUACGAUUGUGAAGUGUGCUCGUUUGCCAGCCCCAAUAUGCACUCUGUUCUGGUGCACUACCAGAAGAAACACCCGGAACAGAAGGCUUCGUAUUUUCGUAUACAGAAAACGAUGAGGGUGAUCUCUGUUGAUAGGCCUCAGCCGGCCACUAACUCCUCCUUCAAUGUCAGCAUAGCCUCACCUUCAAAAUCGACCUCCUCCCCGUUUGGUUCAGAUGAUGAAGUAUACUACUGUAAACAUUGUGUCUAUAGUAACCGGUCAGUAGUGGGCGUACUGGUUCACUAUCAAAAGAGACACCCAGAGAUUAAGGUGACAGCAAAGUAUAUUAAGCAUGCUUCACCUACCCCGGGUCUGAUGAAGUUAAUGGAUGAGUUACAGAUUGCCCCUCCCAAGCAUUUCCUAAAACAGAUCAACAACAACGGACAUGAUGGGACCUCACACUCCAGAUUGGGUGCGGAGAAAGGAGAGGCCGAGAUGCUAUUCUUCUGCCAGCACUGUGACUACGGGAACCGCACCGUCAAAGGAGUUCUCAUCCACUACCAGAAGAAGCACCGGGACACCAAGGCCAAUGCUGACCUGGUCCGCCGUCACACGGCAGUGGUUCGCAGUCAGCGCGAGCGGGCCCAGAUGGUCCAGUCUGGCAGCACUCCCGCUGCAACGCCCACCCCGACCGAUCCCGAAACGUCCGGAAGCCUCCGCUCCCUGAAGUGCAAACACUGCUCCUACUCCUCGCCGUACGUCUACGCUCUCAAGAAGCACCUGAAGAAGGAUCACCCUACCGUGAAGGCCACCGCUAUGACCAUCCUACACUGGGCCUACCAGGACGGUAUCCUCGAGGCAGGCUACCACUGUGAGUGGUGCAUCUACUCCCACGCCGAGCCCAACGGCCUGCUCCUGCAUUACCAGAGACGGCACCCGGAGCACAACGUGGACUACACCUACAUGGCCAGCAAGCUGUGGGCCGGCCCGGACUCCACUGCUGCCCAAGCCGGAGUGAACCAGGAGUCGAAGCACUACCGCUGCAGAGAUUGUGCCUUCGAGGCCUGCUCCAUCUGGGACAUCACCAACCACUACCAGGCUGUUCACCCCUGGGCCAUAAAGACUGACGAGUCCAUACUACUGGAUAUCAUCAAGACCAAUAGGUCACCCGACAAACAGCACCAGCCAAUCACCAAGGGACAUGCGACCACUUUUGUUUAUCAGACGCUUCAGGAAGACGGGGCGUUGGAUAUCAGCACAACGCCUCAAGACCUUCAUCAACACCAGCACCAACCCCACCCUCGUCUCUCCAGCAUCUCUAACAACCCGUAUCAGUGCACGGUCUGUUUGUCCGAGUACAACAGCCUGCAUGGGCUGCUGACUCACUAUGGGAAGAAACACCCCGGAAUGAAGGUGAAAGCCGCCGACUUUGCUCAGGAGGCGGACAUCAACCCCAGUUCCGUCUACAAGUGCCGCCAUUGUCCGUAUGUGAACUCUCGAAUCCAUGGGGUCCUCACUCAUUACCAGAAGAGGCACCCGCUGGUGAAGGUCACCGCCGAGGACUUUGCCGACGACAUAGAGCACAUCAAAGACGUCAGUGAAGGGGACGACAAGUGUAAAACCCAAAGGCAGGGUUACGGGGCGUACAGGUGCAAAAUGUGUCCCUACACACAUGGAACCCUGGAAAAACUGAAGAUCCACUACGAGAAGUAUCACAAUCAGCCAGCCUCAGACAUGUUCACUCCCUCUCUCGCAAACUUUUCAGCCAACAGGGAGGAGCCUGUGGCCGAAUGCAGUGCUACCAGCGUAACGGGGGUGUCUGACGUCCAGGAGAUCAGUGACUAUGACUUGGCACUGUCCCAGUUCCCUAUCAACAAGACAGAGAAGCACGCCAUCUUUAAGUGCCAGCUCUGCAAGUACUUCUGCUCUACCCGCAAAGGCAUCGCCAGACACUACCGCAUCAAACACAACAACGUCCGGGCUCAGCCCGAAGGCAAGAACAACGUAUUCAAGUGCGCUUUGUGCUCCUACACCAACCCCAUCCGCAAAGGCCUGGCAGCACACUACCAGAAACGCCAUGACAUUGACGCAUACUAUACUCACUGCCUGGCCGCCUCCAAGACCAUGGGAGACAAGCCCAGCAAAGUGGUUCUGCCCGUGUCAUCAGACGGGGAUGGCGUAGAGCUGAACGAUGACCUAAGGUUGGCUGUGGAGAGGAGGAAGUGCUCGCUCUGUGGCUUCCAGGCAUUCAGCAGGAAGAGCAUCGUGUCGCACUACAUCAAACGCCACCCGGGGGUCUUUCCCAAGAAACAGCACUCCAGCAAGCUGGGACGCUAUUUCACGGUCAUCUACGCCAAAGAACCAGAGAAGGUCCACGCCGUCGGGGAGGAUGAAAAAGAAGGAGUGAUGGAGGUCCAGCCAGAACUGAUGCCUGAAGAAGAAGCGGAAUGGCUGCCGUUUAAAUGCCUAAAGUGCUUCAGGCAAUCCUUCAGUACCACCGAGCUGCUUUCUGAACAUUACAAUGACCACCACGGCAAGGAUCUGAAGAGGGACUUUGUGAUACAGGCUGUUCUUGAGGAGGAUGGGGCAGAGCUCUAUCAGUGUGCCCACUGUGAGAUGAAGUUCCUGGGUCUGAUGGACCUCGGGAAACACCUGAUGAACCACAAUGAGGAGUUCCAGAAGAGGGCUAUGAGGCAGGAGAGACGGAGGCAGCUCCUCAGCAAGCAGAAGGCUGCAGAGCCGCCUGAGGCCAAGCCUGAGAAGGACAAUCCCUUAAACAAGGCCCCUAUAGGAUUCAGGUGUAACUUCUGUGUGGAGGUGCAUCCCACCUUGAGGGCCAUCUGCAACCACCUGAGGAAGCACGUGCAGUACGGGGAGGUCAAGGAGGGCCACGUCAAGCAGGAAGUGACAGAGGUGCCGUUGUCCCUCACGCCAGAGGUCCUGACCAAUGGGGAUUUGGGGGAGGAGGACGAGGUAGCUGCCGUGGAGAUGGGCUCCAUGGACAUGAGCAUGACAGCCAUGGUCCCCGUCGCCGGUGGUGGGCCUGUUGCCAUGGAGACGGCGGAGGAGGAGGAGGAGGCGGCACCGGUGUCGAUUCUGGCGGGUGUAGCGACGCCCCCCGCUGGCCAGGGAAGGGAGAGGCUGGUGGCGGGGGGGCACCCCUGCUCGCAGUGCGACCGGGUGUUCAUGUCCAUGCAGGGGCUGCGCUCCCACGAGAGGAGCCACUCGGCCAUGGCUCUCUUCUCCCGGGAGGACAAGUACAGCUGCCAGUACUGCCAGUUCGCCUCGCCCUUCAGACACAACCUGGACAGGCACGUGCAGUCUCACCAUGGUCACCACAAGCCGUUCAGAUGCAAGCUCUGUCCCUUUAAAUCAGCGUACCUGAGCCGCCUCAAGAGCCACCUGCACAAAGCCCAUGCAGGUGAAAAUACCUACAAGUGCUUGUCCUGCACCUUCUCCUCGUCCACCAUUAGUCAACUGAAGGACCACUCCCUGAGGGACCAUGGCGAGGCCCUCACCCUGCCCAAGAUCAGGGCCGCCACCCAGGCCGCCCAGAGGGCCGUCCGGCUGGACACAGACCCCGAGCAGGUCCAUCUGCCCACAGAUCCAGAUGACCCGGCUUAUCUGGAACCUGCGGACGUGCGACAGCAGCUGAGUCAUUACCAGCUGGCGUCCCGCAGUCACGUGACCUCCAGCUCCCCCGGCGCCCCCCCUGUGCCCGAGGGUCGCCAUGACGGCGGGGUCCUCACCUGCGAGUUCUGUGAGUUCAGCUCGGGCUAUAUGCAGAGCCUACGUCGGCACUACAGAGACCGCCACGGGGGCAAGAAGCUGUUCAAGUGCAAAGACUGCUCCUACUUCACCUGCCACAAGUCGACCUUCACCCUCCACGUGGAGGCGGGGCACACCAGUGUGGUGGAGGAGGGACCGAAGGACCUGCGCUGCCCGUUCUGUCUGUACCACACCAAACACAAGAGCAAUAUGAUCGACCACAUCGUCCUACACAAAGAGGAGCGCGUAGCCCCCCUGGAGGUGAGUCGCUCCAAACUGUCCCGUCACCUACAGGGGCUGGUGUUCCGCUGCCACAAGUGUACCUUCACCUGCUCCAGCGACCGCGCCCUGCAGCUGCACCUGCACAAGCACGACGACCUGAAGCCCUACCAGUGCCAGCUUUGCUACUAUGACUGCAGGCAGAGGAACCAGCUGGAGGAGCACCUACGUCUUGAACACAAGGUGGCCCGGAACUUUGAGCUGAUGGGGCGUGUCAACCUGGAUCAGCUGGAGGCGAUGAAGGAAAGGGGAAGCAGCGCGGAGGAAGAGGAGGAGAGAGAGGAGGAAGAGGAAGGAGGAGCUGCUGCCCCGGAGCAGAGGGAAGGAGCAGAGAAGGAAGCGGAAGAGGGGAGAGAGGAGAUGGAGGAAGAGCCCGAGGAGGAGCCAGAGACGCAGGCGGAGGACGAGGAAGAGGCGAAGAAGCUCGAGGCACGAGUGUGUCCCGGCAGCAGUGGUGGGCCAGAGUGUGUGGAGAAGAAGCUGCCCUGUGAGUUCUGUGGUCGCUGCUUCACUGACAAUACAGAGUGGGAACGACAUGUCCUCCGACACGGCAUGACUGUUAACAGCAUCAGAGCAGACCCCAGCUCUGCCCCAGCAAUACACUCCUCAGCUCCACCUCCUAUUGGGUCAGCUGCUCUGACGGACAGCACCGUGGACCUAUCCAGCAAUGGCAUGGGAUCCGAGGAAGGACACUCCACAGACCUAUCACAGAGCCUGAACAAUCUGAACGAGAAAGACAAAGAAAUGCUUGAGACCAAAAAUGACCAAUAAAACGUAAAAGGACUACUGUGGCCUAACGCGUCAUUGGCCAAGGCAACCAUGAAUCAGUUUGGAUUGACGUUGGGUUGGGUAUCAAAACUCAGCUGCUAAAGACGACUAAAAGAAAGGAAAACUAAACAUCAAACAUGAAUCGUCUUGUUAAAUUUUAAGUGUUACAUAUUAGAAAUCCUAGGUUGUGACAUCCUAUGUUUUUAAGUGGCUAAACCUUAAAAUGUAUCCUGGUCCCUUAGAUGGACAGAUCUGAAAAAGUUAACAGUAUAUUGGUAACCAAUAGUGACAAAAGACGUGGACCUUAAGCUUAUGUUUGCGGCCUACACUUUCAAAGCCCCACCCUAAAGAUAUUUAUUUUCUAAAAUGUUUUGUUUAUUAUUCUAAAUUGAAAGUAAGAUUUAAGGCAAUUAUUGAUUGAAGCACCUUUUGAGUCUUGAUGAUCCCAGUCAGGGUUUGUCUUGAGAAUAUAAGGCAUCAAAGCAUUUAACGCCCUAUCACAUAUACAGCCCUAUACAACCUCGUAUGACCCCUAUGUUACCCCUGAUGGCCCAAGAACAUCCGUUUCAUCCCAGUUUUGAGACAAGAGUUUAUAUUGAGAUGAGAAAUACAGAAAGAGAGGGUGUGAGAAAAGCCACCAUGCAACGUUCCCUUCUUUCCUAGAUGUGAAUCUCCUCAGAACCCUCCAGCAGCUAAGAUACUUUCUCAUCCAUUCACUUACUGUGGACUUACUGUACUUCUGAGAGAUGCGUAACUUUCAGGAACUGUCAGCUCUGUAUUUGAAUGUGCUCUAGUCUGUCCUUCAAGCUGGCAUACAGCAGUGUCGACACAGAUCUCUGUAGUCAUGGUAGCAGUCUAAAGCACAUGCAGAGGCGAACUAGACUAGCUAAGCUAACCUCACCCCUCUACACUGGCUAGUGAGCCCAAUGUGAAAAGCUUUCUGUGAUUUGGCCUGAACAACCUUUGUCUUGUUCUGUGUUAGCCUAGUGUUACCUGAGUAUAAAUAUUCCUAGAGGAAUAGUCGCACCUUAUUUAUCUAGCUAUGUUGCAAACUUUUAUUAAUGAUUAAUUUUAUUGUUUCUAUAUAUUUGUUUUAGAACAAAUGUUUACCCCAAAGUUUGCUAUAGUGUAGUUCUCUUGAAGUAAUCCUGUAUGCCUUUUCAGCCAUUGGCUCUCUCAGAACUUCCACUCAUGGUUGCUUUCCAGCUUUCCAAUCUCAUAUAGUCGUAGACUGAACAGUUGGCUCACUAUUCCCUCAACAUGAUAACCAGCAACAUGAGUCAAUAACAUUUAUAUAUCAUGAUUCGUCCUCCAAACCUUUCACUCAUGGAGACAUGCCGGACAGGAAGCAAAGGGAAUUCAGUGUGUCUGUGAGCUGCUGUUGUCACCGAGCUGUAUAAGUCUGGUUGUGUUCCAUGUCACUGACGUCACACUUGGGCCGGGUGAUGUGUGACUUGAAUAACUGAAAAAAAAAUAAAAGUUAAAAAGAAAAACAAGGUGUUCUGGAACGCAACCUCGGUAUCAGACGCAACUUUAAACCUUCAAUAAGUCAACAACUGUAGCAGUAUGCGUGACCUAAGCGGCUGUUUCACAUUAGUGACAGAGAAAUUGUGAUGUUUGAUGUUUGUGUGAACCAACAGGUGUGCUAGGGCAGAAGAUUGCAAUGUGAAAACUGAAGACUUUGGGGUGUCUUUUCUUUCCCCAGUGUGAAAUGAUGUGUGUUCUGUUUUCCUGUAAGGAUGCCCCUGUGUGAUCUUAUAAGUGUGCUUUUUGUUUUAGACCAGGCCGUGAGCUGUGCUGGCGAAUAAGGCAGAGAUUGUAAAUGUUGGAAGUUGCUGCUCAAAUACCCCAAAGCCUUAUUAGAUAAACAAUAGCAAAUAAAUCAAGCUUCCUCAAAAUAUAAUGAUUAAAAAAUACCAAUAUGUCUUUCACAAGCCAUCAAAAAUGAAACACAAAAAGGUAGUUCAGUUCUCAGAACCAAAAUAUUGAGUUGGCUACGAUUUUCUUACCCAAAAAACAAUUAACCAUGUUUAGGAAAGGAUGGGUGGAACCCAAGUCACUUGAAGUGCACUAUGGGUAAUCUGCCUGUCUGCAGCUGUGUAUAGAAAAACCAACUACUUGUCAAGUGUUUGAAACUGUGGUGUAUCAGAAAGGAUACUUUAACCUUUUUUCCUUUAGGUGUUGGUCUCAUGAUAAAACAAAAAUAAGAAAUAAAUCAAAAGAGAACCAAUUAGAGCACUUCAGCUCUUAAUCCAAUGUUAUUAAGCUGUUGUUCAACGUCUGGUAAUGCCAUAUCACCUCUUCUUUUGUACUUAAAAAAUAGGGGGUGAUUUGGUGCUGAAUCUCUAAACCCCCUGCUUUCUGUUUGAAAUGACUAGCCUAGCUUUUUUGACAGUGAAACCAUUAGAGAAAUGUUAUUAAGGAUGUUAUAUUAUUAUUAUUAUUAAGCAUUGAUGUGGGAGCUUGUUAGCAGGCAGGCCCACUCAGAACCGUAGGGUGGAUUGGGAGGUGAUGUUGGUGGUGGUUGUGUCCUCCAAAACUAGCUGUUUUUCCCGUGGUAAUUUUUCAUUAGAAAUCCACAAAAUGAUCACUGUAUGCGGUCUCACCUGCUAAGGUGGACGGUGUUUGCUCUCCCCCUCUUCCCCCCCACCCCAAUUUAGCCCCUGCUGACAACACACUGGAUACUUAUAUAUGUAUAUAUGUUUAGUUUGUUCCAUUCUGUUCUCUCUUCUCUUCAGACUGUUCUCUCCAUAGCUGGAUAUAGAUUCUCCAUCUUGCCUUUUCUCCCGUGAACACUGAUCCCUGAUGGUGGGUUGUGAUGUUGCCUAGAAUGAUUGUUUACAAUUUUAUUCCAUUUAUCUCUGGAUAUUCUGUAAAUAUUGUAAUUCAUUGUCUUUUUUUAACUUGUUAAUAAAGUUAUCAGAUAACGGUAAAAA